AUUUCUUUUUUUUAAUUUUAGGAGGAACCUCAAAAAAUACUGUUUUCUGCAGUGGCUGUACCAGUUUGCAUUCCCACUGACAGAGCACAGGGUUUCCUUUUCUCCAUAUCCUUGCCAACAGUUGUUAUCUCUUAUGAUUUUUAUUUUAGCCAUUCUGACAGGUAUAAAGUGAUAUCUUGUGGUUUCAGUUUGUAUUUCCAUGAUAACUAGUGAUAUUGAGCACCUUUUCAUGUGUCUGUUGGCCAUUUUCCUUUUUUUUUUUUUUAAAAGUAGACUUCAUGAUCAGCGUGGAGCCCAGUGUGGGACUUGAACUCACAACCCUGAGAUCAAGACCUGAGGUCACCGAGCCCCCUGAAAUCAAUUUAGUUCUGUACCCUCAGGGCCUGACUGGUGAAGAAGUAUACGUGCAAGUGGAUUUGAGGGUUAGAUGCCCACCGACCUACCCAGACGUAGUCCCUGAAAUAGAGUUAAAGAAUGCCAAAGGUCUGUCAAAUGAAAGUGUUAAUUUAUUAAAAUCCCAUCUAGAGAAAGUGGCCAAAAAACAUUGUGGAGAGGUGAUGAUAUUUGAACUGGCCGACCACGUGCAGUCAUUUCUCAGCGAGCAUAACAAGCCCCCUCCCAAGUCUUUCCAUGAAGAAAUGCUAGAAAGGCGGGCUCAGGAAGAGCAGCGGAGGCUGUUGGAGGCCAAGCAGAAGGUGGAACAGGAGCAACGUGAGAUCCUUCAUGAGAUUCAGAGAAGGAAAGAAGAGAUCAAAGAAGAGAGAAAAAGAAAAGAAAUGGCUAAGCAGGAGCGUUUGGAAAUUGCUAAUUUAUCAAACCAAGAUCAGAACUCUAGGAAAGACCCAGGAGGACACAGACCGUCUGCCAUUCUACAUGGAGGCUCUCCGGACUUUGUGGGAAAUGGCAAACAUCGGACCAACUCUUCCGGAAGGUCAAGGCGAGAACGUCAGUAUUCUGUAUGUAGUAGUGAAGAUUCUCCCGGGUCUUGUGAAGUCCUGUAUUUCUCCCUGGGUAGUCCUGAUCAGCUCAUGGUUUACAAGGGGAAAUGCAUUGGCAGUGAUGAGCCCCUUGGAAAGUUAGUUUACAAUGCUUUGGAAACAGCCACUGGCAGCUUUGUCUUGUUGCACGAGUGGGUCCUUCAGUGGCAGAAGAAAAUGGGUCCGUUCCUCACCAGUCAAGAAAAGGAGAAGAUCGAUAAGUGCAAAAAGCAGAUUCAAGGGGCAGAGACGGAAUUCAGCUCACUGGUAAAACUGAGCCACCCAAAUGUCAUACGCUACUUUGCAAUGAAUCUCAAAGAGCAAGAUGACUCCAUCAUAGUGGACAUUUUAUCAGAGCACGUGAAUGGGGUCUCCCUCACCGCACACCUGAGCCACUCUGGCCCCAUCCCCGUGCAUCAGCUCCGCAGGUAUGCAGCUCAGCUCUUGUCGGGCCUCGAGUAUUUGCACAGCAAUGACGUGGUGCACAAGGAUCUGCGUGCAUCAAAUGUGCUGGUGGACGCAGACGGCAAUGUCAAGGUUACGGACUACAGCAUUUCUAAGCGCCUAGCAGACAUUUGCAAGGAAGACGUGUUUGAACAAAGCCGAGUUAGUUUUAGUGAUAGUGCCUUACCUUAUAAAACGGGCAAGAAAGGGGAUGUUUGGUGUCUUGGUCUUCUGCUGCUCUUCCUCAGCCAAGGACAAGAAUGUGGAGUGUACCCCGUGACCAUCCCUCAUGACUUACCAGCUGACUUUCGAGAUUUUCUGAAGAAGUGUGUGUGCUUGGACGACAAGGAGAGAUGGAGUGCCCAGCAGCUGUUGAAACACAGCUUUAUCAAUCCUCAGCCAAAAAUGUCUUUGUUGGAACAAAGUCCUGAAGAUUCUGGAGGACAGGAUUAUGUUGAGACUGUUAUUCCUAGGAAGCAGCUACCCAGCGCAGCAUUCUUCACUGAGACCCAGAGACAGUUCUCCCGGUAUUUCAUUGAGUUUGAAGAACUACAGCUUCUCGGCAAAGGAGCCUUUGGAGCUGUCAUCAAGGUGCAGAACAAGCUGGAUGGCUGCUGCUAUGCAGUGAAGCGCAUCCCCAUCAACCCGGCCAGCAAGCACUUCCGCAGGAUCAAGGGCGAGGUGACACUGCUGUCGCGCCUGCAUCAUGAGAACAUCGUGCGCUACUACAAUGCCUGGAUCGAGAGAUAUGAGCGGCCGGUGGGCUCGGCGAUGCUGCCCCCGGACUCGGACUCGGACUCACGGCCCCAAACAUGGGAUGCGCCAGCUCCGUCCCAGCAGCUGGUGUGCUGCGGCGGGCCUAAUGGCCCCGGCAGCGUGGAGGCGGCCGCGCCCCCGCCCAUCCUCAGCUCGGUGGAGUGGAGCACGUCGGGCGAGCGCUCGGCCAGCGCCCGCUUCCAGCCCGCCGGCCCGGGCUCCAGCAGCGACGAGGAGGACGACGACGAUGAGGAGGACGACGAGGACGAGCACGAGGGCAUGUUCCGGCAACCAUUCCUACCUGCUUCAGAUUCUGACAGCGAUAUCAUCUUUGAAGAUGAGAACAGUAAGAGUCAGAAUCAGAAUGAAGACUGCAAUGGGAAGAACAGUUGCCAUGAAAGUGAGCCAUCAGCUGUUGUUGAAGCUGUGCAUUAUCUGUAUAUCCAGAUGGAGUACUGUGAGAAGAGCACUUUGCGUGACACCAUUGACCAGGGGCUAUAUCUGGACACUGUCAGACUCUGGAGGCUUUUUCGAGAGAUUCUGGAUGGAUUGGCAUAUAUCCAUGAGAAAGGAAUGAUUCACCGGGAUUUAAAGCCUGUCAACAUUUUUUUAGAUUCCGAUGACCAUGUCAAAAUAGGUGAUUUUGGUUUAGCAACAGACCAUCUGGCCUUCACUGCUGAUGGCAAGCAAGAUGAUACGGCAGAUCACUCGAUUAAAUCAGACCCCUCAGGCCAUCUGACUGGAAUGGUUGGUACUGCUUUAUAUGUAAGCCCAGAGAUCCAAGGAAGCAGUAGACCCACGUACAACCAGAAAGUGGAUCUCUUCAGCCUGGGAAUUAUCUUCUUUGAGAUGUCCUAUCACCCCAUGGUCACGGCCUCAGAAAGGAUCUUUGUCCUCAACCAACUCAGAGAUCCCACUUCGCCUAAGUUUCCAGAAGACUUCGAUGAUGGAGAGCAUACAAAGCAGAAAUCGGUCAUCUCCUGGCUAUUGAACCACGAUCCCGCCAAGCGGCCUACAGCCACAGAACUGCUCAAGAGCGAGCUGCUGCCCCCACCCCAGAUGGAGGAGUCGGAGCUACACGAAGUUCUGCACCACACCCUAGCCAACGUGGAUGGGAAGGCCUACCGCACCAUGAUGGCCCACAUCUUCUCUCAACGCAUCUCCCCGGCCAUCGACUACACCUAUGACAGCAACAUGCCAAAGAGCUUCUCAAUCCGAACAUCCAAGAUACAGCAACACGUGUGUGACACCAUCGUCCGUGUUUUUAAAAGACAUGGAGCUGUCCAGUUGUGUACCCCACUGCUGCUUCCACAGAAUAGGCAAAUAUACGAACACAAUGAAGCUGCCUUAUUCGUGGACCACAGCGGAAUGCUGGUGAUGCUUCCUUUCGACCUGCGGAUUCCUUUUGCAAGAUACGUGGCAAGAAAUAAUAUAUUGAAUUUGAAACGGUACUGCAUAGAGCGUGUGUUCAGGCCUCGCAAGUUAGACCGAUUUCAUCCCAAAGAGCUUCUGGAAUGUGCAUUCGAUAUCGUCACGUCUGCCGCCAACAGCUCUCUGCCCACUGCCGAAGUCAUCUACACGAUCUGUGAGAUCAUCCAGGAGUUCCCGGCGCUUCAGGAAAAAAAUUAUAGUAUUUACUUGAACCAUACCAUGUUAUUGAAAGCAAUCCUCUUACACUGUGGAAUCCCAGAAGAUAAACUCAGUCAAGUCUAUGUUAUUCUGUAUGAUGCCGUGACAGAAAAGCUGACGAGGAGAGAAAUGGAAGCCAAGUUUUGUAAUCUGUCUUUGUCGUCUAAUAGCCUGUGUCGACUCUACAAAUUUAUUGAGCAGAAGGGAGAUUUGCAGGAUCUAACGCCAGCAAUAAAUUCAUUAAUAAAACAGAAAACAGGCAUUGCCCAACUGGUGAAGUAUGGCUUAAAAGACCUAGAAGAGAUUGUUGGGCUGUUGAAGAAACUUGGCAUCAAGUUGCAGGUCUUGAUCAAUCUGGGCCUGGUAUACAAGGUACAGCAGCACAAUGGAGUCAUCUUCCAGUUUGCGGCAGUCAUCAGACGCAGGCAGAGGGCUGUAUCGGAAAUCCUGGCAGCUGGUGGCAGAUACGACCUGCUGAUUCCCCAGUUUAGAGGACCACAGGCUCUGGGACCAGUCCCCACUGCUGUUGGGGUGAGCAUAGCUAUAGACAAGAUCUCUGUGGCGAUCCUCAACAUGGAAGAACCUGUUACAAUCAGCUCUUGUGACCUCCUAAUUGUAAGUGUUGGCCAGAUGUCCAUGUCCCGGGCCAUCAACCUCACCCAGAAGCUCUGGUCUGCAGGAAUCACGGCACAAAUCAUGUAUGACUGGUCACAGUCCCAAGAGGAACUACAAGAAUAUUGCAGACACCACGAAAUCACGUGCGUGGCCCUCGUCUCAGAUAAAGGAGGAAGCUAUGUCAAGGUUAAGUCUUUUGAGAAGGAAAGGCAAACAGAGAAACAUGUGCAGGAGUCUGAUCUUAUAGACCACGUUUUGCAGAAACUCAGAACUAAAGUCAGUGAUGAAAGAACUAUCAGAGAAGCUUCUGAUAAUCUUGCAGUGCAAAAUCUGAAGGGGUCCUUUUCUAAUGCUUCAGGUUUGUUUGAAAUCCAUGGAGCUGCAGUUAUACCCAUUGUGAGUGUGAUAGCCCCAGAGAAGCUGUCAGCCAGCACUCGGAGGCGAUAUGAAACUCAGGUACAAACACGACUUCAGACCUCCCUUGCCAACUUACAUCAGAAAAGCAGUGAAAUUGAAAUUUUGGCUGUGGAUCUACCCAAAGAAACAAUCUUACAGUUUUUAUCAUUAGAGUGGGAUGCUGAUGAACAGGCAUUUAACACAACUGUGAAGCAGCUGCUGUCACGCCUGCCAAAGCAGAGAUACCUCAAAUUAGUCUGUGAUGAAAUUUAUAACAUCAAAGUGGAAAAAAAGGUAUCUGUAUUAUUCCUGUAUAGCUACAGAGACGACUACUACCGAAUCUUAUUUUAAUCCUAAAGAAUGGUCAUUAUCUUGUUCUAAGAUAGGAGCUUAUCCUAUGAAAUGUUGUACAUUCAUUGUAAUUUUAACUUUACAUUGUAAGAAGCUGCCCUACAAAGUUGAGCUUUGUAAGUUUUUCAUAUGUAAUAUAUAAAUUUAUCUUUUUUAAUAUAAUAAAUGCUUUCAUAUA